UCCAGGGGAGCAGAGGAUAGGAAACUUUCUCCUGUGUACGUAAGGCGACACAUCAGGUCAUUCGUUAGAUCUAUCGUGGUUCCUGCUAUGAGUUGGGGUCACUGCAAAACGUUGUUGUGGAACUACUAUACUCAAGCGCGUCAGGCAGGUGAGAGAGGAAGUUUGGAAAAGAGAAGAAGGGAGCCGGAGGCAGAGGAGAGGAAAGUCUUUGAGCAGGGCAUCUCAUCAGGGACUCUAAGGGAGGACAGGAGGAAGGAGGUCAGAUCCCACAGGCAUGAGAGAGCAGGAGGAUCAGGUGGUCCAAAGACGCCUCCCCAGCCGGCUCAGAUGGAAGUGUACUGUCCAAUGCCAGAGAUAGAGCCAGACUUGUCUCAUGAGCCACAUGUGCAGGAGCACAAGGAAGAGCAGUCUGCCCAGGAGAAAGAACUGGACAGGAAAGAGAGAGCGGCAAGGGAUCAGGAUAUCAAGGUCCAACUCAGGAUGAAGAACCUUGCAGAGCUACAUGAGAGGAUGCAGCAGGGGAAAGAGUCUGAGCAGGUGGAUGACAAGAGUGGAAAGAGCGCUCACAUUCAGGAGGAGGACUUUCCUCUGUUUUCAGAGGUAUGGGUCAGCUUUGACGAGCUGAUGGACGCUGCAGGGGGGUCUGGAGGACAACAUCAGGAGAUGGGGGUCAAGCUGGUGUCUACAGACCUACUCAACCUGAGGGGCGCGAUGAAGGAAGGCUUCGCAGCGACUAGAGCCUCGGAUCAGAGGGUUGAAGACAAAUUGACGAAGGUGGCACAAAAGGCAUAUGGCCAGAGAGUGGACUGGGAAAGAGAAGUUGAGGACCUGAAGAAGGAGUUGGAAAGACAGGGCAAAGAGAUGGAGGCAGUGAAGGCAGAUAUGGAGAAGGUCUGGGCAGAGAAUGAGGCCGUCAGGCAGGUCAACCAGACCCUCAACAAGAUCACUGACGCCCUGAGAGCCUAUCUAUACGCACAAUAGGUAUCCUUCCAGGCCAAGGAAGCAGAGUAGGAAAAAAGAAUACAAGACCUCGAAGCCAAGUAUAGACAACAGGCUCCAACUACAGUGG